AUGCUCUUCUCCAUCGUGCUCCUCUCUACCCUCGCUGUAACUGUCCUGGGCAGUAACUCUACUUACACCCUCCCCGCGGGUUUCAACAUCGGACUGGUGAAGCCAGAUGAGCUGAACUCUUGGUGCCAGGGACAACGCAAUGAGUGUCCCUCGAUUUGCAAGGGCGCGACCAGGCAAAACACCUGUGAACCCAGUACCCUGAAUUUCAACUGCAUCUGCGCGGACGGAAGUACGCCCGAUGUUUCCCCGUACAUCCAGACUGUGCCCUUCUAUGUGUGUGAGGAAUCUUAUGGCCAGUGCAUCGCCUCCCACCCCAACGACAUCCAGGGCCAGCGAGCCUGCAAGAAGGCCGCCACCUGCGGAAGCAAGAAUGCCAGCGCUGAGGAUACCACAAUGAGCUCAUCCACCACCGCGGCAUCCACCACUCUGGCUAUGGCUACUUCCACCGACUCCAGCAAGACUUCCUCGUCCUCGGUGGCAGCUGCGAGCACCACCACCAACGCCGCUGUGACCCUGGGAAGCCUGGAGGGCUACUCGACUGGUUUCAUGGCCACCGUCAUGUUCCUCGCUGCGCGCCUGUUCCUCUGA